UUUCUUGGUUAAAGUGGUGAAGACAUCUCUUCUUUGACUUUUUCAAGAAUUCCUGGAACUUGCUUGCUUCUGUCCGGCUUAGUGAGGACAAAAAUAGAUUUAUUACCAUAUAUUAAAGAAGUGUAUAUUAAAAAACUGAAAAAUAUGACGUUAAACGUUUUAACAGCGAUCUUCUAUGAGGUGUCACUACAGUGAUAUUAUACUUUGACUCGCUCAGUAUAUUAGGAUAACACUUAAUAACACGCAUUGUUACUCCACCCUUUAAACAGGAAAACCAGCAUUCUUCCUCCACAGUACAAUUACAGGCGCUUUUCGACAUAGUUUUUAUUCACAGUGUUUCGUUGAAUCAGAGGGUGUAGUGGAAAGUAAACCCUGGUAAAGCCAGUUUGACUCGAUUAACACUUACAAACACACAUUUGUCUGUAGUCUUUGACCACGGACCUAAGGAUUUUGGAUAUGUCAACAAAAGACCCGGACAGAAACAACGGAGUUGGAGAUGAGAUGUUUCCAACCAGUUCGACAGAGCAAGAGCUCACACCAUCCAAAAGUUUUCCAGUGAAACCAGUCCCCUAUGAGCCGGACAGAAGCAACGAUCUCGAAGGAGUUGGAAAAGAGACGUCUUCAACCAGUUCGACAGAGCAAGAACUCACACCACCCGAGAGGGACCAUCAGCAGGAGGAUCUUGGAAAGAAGAAUUAUCCCUUUUUUAAACCAGUUGCUGCUUUUCAAAUUCAUGAUUUCAACGAAAAUAUUCAGUUUCCUAAAAUCCCUUUUCCCGCCAAUUUAAGGAAUUCAUUAAUAUCAGAGUUGCUGGAUACAAUUGAUUCAUUAAGUAAAAGAACCAUUGAUUUUAAUAAUUUUGAGAGGCCAGUUUGGAAAUCAUUAUCCAAAGGAAAAAUAUUUAAUAAGCCUAUUGUUGGAGUGUCUGCUUGUAGGCCAUUCCAGACUUUCCUGAAAUAUUAUCAAGAGGAGGAGAAGAACAAGAACAAGAAGAACAAGAAGACACAAUAUGCAUUUGCUGUUCUUGUAUUGAGGAGUGGUGAAUGUCUGUUUUCUCCCGGGGUUGGACCGGAUUAUUCAAAAGCGACGUCUGAAUUUAAUAUACACAGCGAGGAAAUUUUAAUUGGAGAAAUUGAUAGAUAUCUACGAAGCAAUGGAACCAAAGUGCAAGCUAUUUACAUUUAUACAUUAAAUAGCCCAUGUUUAAAAAGAAAUGGGAAGGAAAACCAUAUCCUUUGUUGUAUAUUAAAACUUUUACACAAAGUUUAUCAGUGGUUCAAUGAAUAUGGGAUUUUUACUUUUGUUGGAUUCACAAAGUGUUGGGGGCCAGUUACAGAAAGUUUCUUAAAUUCUCUCACAUAUUCCAAAAUCUCAUCUGUGAGAAGUAAAAAUUUACAAUAUUUUUCAGAAUUCAGUCAGAAAACCUCCUUCAUAUUAGACAGCAAAGAUUUCAGAAAAAAUGUUAACGCUGAUGGUGCCUCUCAAUUAAUAUCUAAUGUUGAACCCCAAGAUAGAAGCAAACUAUAUUCUGAUAUUAAAUCUGCUGUUGAUCGUCUUGUAGAACAGGGAAAAAGUUCACUUGAUUUGGAAGAACAUAUGGUCCGUGGAGACAAAUUAAUUUCUUCAUUUAAAUUUCCUGCAGUGGUGCAGGAUGAAAUCUUUGAAAUUUUGGGAAACAACUGGAAAGAAAUGGUUACCAACAGUUUUAUGUCAGUUAUUAGAAAAGACAUACAAACUGUUAACACUUCAAUAGUUCAAGCUUUUGUACAAAAACUUCAGAUGUCUUUGGGGAAUAGCAGCCCUUUCCAUCUUUAUCAGAUCCCGUUAACAAAUGAAAAUAUGUUGAAUUGAUUGAAUUCUUUUAUUUUUAUCUUAAUUUUGUUUUUUUUUUCCUUUUAUAAUUUUUUUUUAAUAUAAUAUCACAAGGACAUUUAACAUUUAGUAAAGUAAAUGUGUUCUUUUUAAUAUGAAAUACUAAAUGGUUGUGAGAAUGUUAGUAACAACUAUUUAGUUUUAUUAAAAAUGUAUUUUUAGAAUUAAUACAUUAACUGAGUAACAAUUGUAAUUAGUGUACUAAUUAUUGUUGAAACUCAUGUUUUAUUUUGUUUGGUUGAUGAUUUAUUUUAUCAAUAAACAUUUUAAAGUUGAGACUCUGUGUUUUGUUCCCUCACCAUCAACAACAUGUGAUUAAACCAUUAACCGUCUCUGGUUAUCUAUAGGCAUGUGUGGACAUAAAUAGGUCAAUAAACAACAACAAGAAAGCCUCCAGAGUCAGGAACAGAUCUUGUAAAAUAGACAUGAGAAUAAAAUAAUGCUUUUGUUAAAUAAAAAAAGUCAGUUUAUAGUUCUAUCUAAAACAUAUAAAACUGUAUCUUAACUAGGAGUGCUCUGUUAGGGCUGUGAAGUUGUUUAACUGUUGCUUCAUCAGAUCCACUC